CAACGUGAGCCCGGACAGACUGGGCUUUGCUCCGGUUGGCAGCAGGCCGUGGUGCAGAUGGAGAUGGCUGCAAUCAAGCAGCGGAGCCCCGGCGGCGGCGGAGGGUUUGCCGGCUGUCAGCGGACGGUGACUCCUUGGUGGCGGCUCGCAGUGCUCCUGUUCUCCGUGUCCUCGCUGCCGACGGCCGCAGCGCUGUUAGAGGGCCUUUACUGCGGCACGGAGGUCUGUUACGAUGUGCUCGGUGUCACCCGGGAGGCCCCCAAAGCUGAGAUCGCUCGGGCUUACCGGCAGCUGGCCCGCCGGUACCACCCUGACCGGUUCCGGCCGGGAGAGCCCGGCACUGAGGGGGACACCAAGGAGAGCGCCCAGAAGAAGUUCCUUCUCAUCGUGACUGCGUAUGAGACGUUAAAGGAUGAGGACACCAGGCGGGACUACGACUACAUGCUGGACCAUCCUGAGGAGUACUACCAGCACUACUACGCCUACUACCGCAGACAGCUCACCCCCAAAGUGGACGUGAGGGUGGUUAUCCUGGUCACCAUCUGUGCCAUCUCCAUCUUCCAGUACUACAGCUGGCACAGCAGCUACAACGAGGCCAUUAACUACCUGGUGACGGUCCCCAAAUACCGCAUCCAGGCCACCGAGAUCGCCAAACAGCAGGGCCUCCUCAACCGCACCAAGGAGAAGGGCAAGAACCGCCGCUCCAAAGAGGAGAUCCGGGAGCAGGAGGAGGAGGUGAUCCGAGACAUCAUCAAAACCAAAAUCGACAUCAAAGGAGGCUACCAGAAGCCCAACCUGUCGGACAUCCUGCUGUGUCAGAUCGUGCUCUUCCCUUACUACCUGACCAAUUACAUCCACUGGUACGUCACCUGGAUCUACCGCUUCACCAUCUGCAGGGAGGAGUACGGAACCGAGGAGAAGCUUUACGUGAUCAGGAGAUACAUGAAGAUGUCUCAGUCUCAGUUUGACAGUCUGGAUGAACACAGCAAACAGUCCUUCCUGGAGAAACAGCUCUGGAUCAAAGAAAACUACGAGGUGUACAAAAAAGAGCAGGAGGAGGAAAUGAAAAUUAAGAUGGCGACCGACCCAAGGAUGAAGAGGUACCGGCGCUGGAUGAAGAACGAGGGACCGGGCCGGCUGACCUUCAUCGACGACUGACGACCACACACUCCAUCUGCAUCAUUUACAUCUGCCUCAGUGCCAACAUCCACGGACAACACACGCCGUGCUGUGUGAAGAAAUACCUGUACAGAAAGAUUAACUAUGCCUGUUUAUAUAGUGAGAGAUAUUUUCAUAGCAAAUCAGGCCUCAUACAAGGGGAUGACUGAGUGAAAUAAACUGUGAGCUGGAGCUUCAGAUUUUUGAGUAAAUUUUUUACAUCAUGCAUUUUUUUCCCAAACCAAUCAAUUUCUUUUUUCUUUUUUUUUAUGGAAGUUAAAUGAUUGUCUUCUUUAAAAACAAUCUUUAAAUUUCUUCAGCCAUUUUUUUAAUAGUCUCAUGCUGGUGAAAUUGGAUGGAUGAAUGAGUUUUGAUGCCUCAAUGAGACUUGAUGAAAUUGUAUUCAUGAUCCAGGUGCAAGAUGAUGAACAGACCGUCCAUGAACCAGAAGGUUUGAGCAACACCCGCCUGAGUUAAACUGUCCUUGGGUAAGGCGUUGGACUGAAGCCUUCUUACUCUAAAUGUCUGAAAUGUAAAAUGAGUGAAAAGUAUUUGCUUUUAUAACGAAUAAAGGGCCAGAGUGUAUUUUUUUAAGAGCGGUAAAAAGACGAGGUAUAUCAAUUUGAACUCUGUACGUCCAGUACAGAGAUAGGUUUAGGACAUAUUUAACCUAGCUUCGCACAAAGACAAAAAAAAAAGAAAAGAGAAAAGGGGGGAACUCUUAUCCGAGCUCCAUCAAAAGUUUUUGGGUUUUUUUGGUUUAUUUUCGGGGUUUUUAAUCCACCUUCCAACAACACAACUGUGGUCUGGUUUAUAUGUUGUAUCUCAUUUAUUUAACGGGUAAAAGAAA